AUGCCGGUGAGGAAAGAUGUUGAAGACCUAAGUCCGUCCCGUUCAUUGUGGUACAGAGUUAAGGUUGCGCAGCUUCGUUUAACCAUUGGUGAAGUAUCUAAAGAAGUAGGUUUCCUGUAUUUAGGUGUAGGAAUGAAGGGUUUAUUAUAUGUGGUUUUUGACGUUAAUGGAACACAACCAUUGUUUAUUGCUAAUGAGGGCAAGGGUGUUUCAUUAGAAGAUGAUUUUAUGCGGCUUACUAGGAGAUGUACUAUUGAGGAACUCCAUGAUAACAAUGAGGAAGGGUCUUUUGUGGUUUUUGGUAUUGUGAGAUCUAUUGUGGAUGAGGAACCUUGGUGGUAUUCAGCUUGUGUUUGUGGGAAGUCAAUUAAGCCUCAAGGUGGUGCAUAUUAUUGUGAUUUUUGUCAGCACUAUGCUACCAAUGUGACUCCUAGAUAUAGGAUCAAAAUAGCUGUUGAGGAUGAUAAUGGACAUGGUGUAUUUGUCUUAUUCGAUCGUGAGGCUGCUUACUUAUUGAAAAAAUCAUGUGCUGAUCUGUUUGGAGAGGUUUAAAAGGAUGCAAGUGUUGUUUAUAGAGAUAGUUAUCCUGUGAUGUUCCAGCAAUUGUUGGGGAAAAAUUGCUUCUUAAGAUAGAUACCAAGAGUGUUAGUGUAGACAAAUAUUUCGGAACUUUUCGUGUGAAAAGAGUUUGCGA